UUUUAGGUCGCACGGAAAAACUAAGUACUGCCCUUCUUUCGUCUUCCAUCGCUCCUUAUUCAACUCCAAGACACUGGAAGCCAAAUAAACUAGUGCAGAUCGACAUUUAACCCUAAUCUUAUCUGCAAUCUGGUCCUUUCUUCUUCAGAUGCUUGAUCACGAUUGAUUAAUAUUGCGUUCAAUCAGAACUUACUGUAAAAGAAAAAGAAAAAAAAAAACAAUUUACAAGCUUUGUGGUUUGUUGGCUAAAUUUCUUCAGACAGAGUUGCUGUGACAGAGGGGGUAGGUACUCAAGAGUGUAUUGUAACCAGUUUACUAUGGGAGAUCGAAUAAUACUUUGAUGAUCCUGUUGUUGCUGGGUUUUUUCCCAAAAGGGUUUUUUGCAGGAUUUGCUAGGUGAUAAAAUUUGAAGUGGCAGCUGGAUAAAUCUGUGAUUAGUGUAUGGAGGUUGGACCUUAUUUGUUGUAGGCAAGGAAAUGAAACACUUUCAGUCAUAGAAAUUGGACAUUGUUUGCCAAUAGUUUUGGCUUGCUGUAAUUAAUGGAGAGCUUAGCGCAACUGGAAGCCUUGUGUGAAAGGCUUUACAAUUCACAGGAUUCAGCAGAACGAGCUCAUGCUGAGAGCACUUUGCAGUGUUUUUCAGUGAAUACAGAGUAUAUUUCACAAUGCCAGUACAUUCUUGAUAAUGCUUUGUCUCCUUAUGCAUUGGUUCUGGCCAGUUCCAGCUUGUUGAAACAGGUCACCGAACAUUCCCUUUCUCUGCAGCUGCGUCUGGAUAUUCGCAACUAUGUUGUAGGAUACCUCGCUACUAGAGGGCCAGAAUUACAGCCAUAUGUGACUGGGUCUCUGAUUCAACUUCUUUGCCGUGUCACAAAGUUGGGAUGGUAUGAUGAUGACAGAUUCAGAGAGAUUGUUAAGGAAUCCAUGGACUUCUUGAGCCAGUCAACAACAGGUCACUAUUUCAUUGGGCUGAAAAUUCUGAAUCAAAUUGUUGCAGAGAUGAAUCAGCCAAAUCCAGGAUUUCCCUUGACACAUCAUCGAAAAAUUGCUUGUUCCUUCAGGGACUUGGCUCUUUUCCAAAUUUUUCAAAUCUCCAUAACUUCAUUGCAGCAGCUAAAAAAUGAUGUUGAUAAGAAGCUCAAGGAACAAGCACUUUCUCUUGCAUUAAAAUGUUUAUCAUUUGAUUUUGUUGGGACAUCUUUGGAUGAAAGUUCUGAAGAUCUUGGCACUGUACAGAUUCCUUCCUCUUGGAGGCCUAUUUUGGAGGACUCGUCAACUCUGCAGCUGUUUUUUGAUUAUUAUGCUAUUUCAAAGCCUCCUUUGUCAAAGGAGGUUCUUGAGUGUUUGGUGCGUCUUGCUUCUGUCCGAAGGUCUUUAUUCUCAAAUGAUACAGAACGAUCUAAGUUUCUUGCACACUUAAUGACUGGAACCAAAGAAAUAUUGCAAACAGGACAAGGUCUUGCAGAUCAUGACAAUUACCAUGAGUAUUGCCGCUUACUUGGACGUUUUAAAGUGAAUUAUCAGCUGUCUGAGCUUGUCAAUGUGGAAGGUUAUAGUGACUGGAUACGGUUGGUGGCAGAAUUUACAUUAAAAUCUUUGCAAUCAUGGCAGUGGGCUAGCAGCAGUGUUUAUUAUCUUUUAGGUCUUUGGUCCAGGUUAGUGACAUCUGUUCCAUAUUUGAAGAGUGACAUGCCAAGUCUUCUCGAUGAAUUUGUACCUAAAAUAACUGAGGGAUUCAUUACUUCGAGAUUUGAUUGUGUUCAGGCCAUACUGCCAGAUGACCUUUCAGAAGAUCCUUUGGACAACGUUGAACUUCUUCAAGAUCAGCUUGACAAUUUUCCAUAUAUAUGCCGAUUUCAGUACGAGACCAGCAGUUUGUACAUUAUAAAACUUUUAGAGCCUAUACUGCAGACAUAUACGGAAGGAACGAGGCUGCCAACGAGUGGGGACAGCAAUGAGCUGUCUAUAGUAGAAGGACAACUUGCUUGGAUUGUUCAUAUCAUUGCAUCUAUCAUAAAAUUCAAACCAAGUACAAGUUGCAGUGCAGAGCCACAUGAAAUUAUUGAUGCAGAACUUGCAGCACGCGUUUUUCAGCUGAUUAACAUCUCAGAUACAGGAUCCCAUGUUCAGCGGUAUUCAAAAACAAGUAAGCAAAGACUUGAUCGGGCAAUACUGACAUUUUUCCAGCAUUUUCGAAAAUCAUAUGUGGGUGACCAGGCAAUGCAUUCUUCAAAGCAGCUUUAUUCUCGUUUAUCUGAGCUUCUGGGACUGCAAGAUCAUCUUAUGGUACUGAAUGUCAUUGUCAGCAAGAUUGCCACUAAUUUAAAAUGCUACACACAGAGUGAAGAUGUGAUUGAGCACACAUUAGCCCUCUUCCUGGAGUUAGCAUCUGGGUAUAUGACUGGGAAGUUAUUGUUGAAGUUGGACACUGUAAAAUAUAUCAUUGGACAUCAUACGAGGGAACACUUUCCAUUUCUAGAAGAGUACCAAAGUUCAAGGAAUAGGACAACUUUUUACUACACACUUGGCUGGCUGAUUUUCAUGGAAGAUAGCCCUGUGAAAUUUAAGGCAUCUGUGGAACCAUUGCAACAGGUAUUUAUAAGUUUGGAGUCCACUCCAGAUGCUGCAUUCCGUACUGAUGCAGUGAAAUAUGCUUUGAUUGGUUUGAUGCGGGAUCUCAGAGGCAUUGCUAUGGCAACAAAUAGUCGUAGAACAUAUGGCCUACUCUUUGAUUGGCUGUAUCCAUCUCAUAUGCCUCUUCUCUUGAAAGGCAUUGCACAUUGGACAGACACUCCAGAGGUUACAACACCUCUUCUGAAAUUUAUGGCAGAGUUUGUUUUGAACAAAACUCAACGAUUGACAUUUGAUUCUUCUUCUCCAAAUGGGAUUCUCUUAUUUCGUGAAGUAAGCAAAUUGAUUGUGGCAUAUGGGACCAGAAUUUUAUCUCUUCCAAUACCUGCAGAUAUAUAUUCUUUUAAGUACAAAGGAAUUGCAAUUUCCUUGACAAUCCUAACAAGGGCAUUGGCUGGAAACUAUGUGAACUUUGGUGUAUUUGAAUUAUAUGGAGAUAGAGCACUGGCAGAUGCUUUGGAUAUUGCUCUUAAGAUGACAUUAUCAAUUCCAUUGGCUGAUAUAAUGGCUUUUCGAAAGCUUACACGCUCGUAUUUUGCUCUAUUGGAAGUUUUGUGCAAUAGUCACAUAAAUGUCAUUGUCAAUCUGGAUACAAGUACAUUUGCUCACAUUGUUGGCUCUUUAGAAUCUGGUCUCAAAAGCCUGGAUGUUAACAUUUCUACUCAGAGUGCUUCAGCUGUAGACAAUUUAGCAGCUUUCUAUUUCAACAAUAUCACAGUGGGAGAGACACCAGCAUUGCCUGCUGCUGUCAAUUUAGCUCGACACAUUGCAGAAUGUCCCAAUUUGUUUCCUGAAAUUUUGAAGACACUUUUUGAAAUUGUUCUAUUUGAAGAUUGUGCUAACCAAUGGAGUCUUAGUAGACCAAUGCUCAGUUUGAUACUUAUAAAUGAACAGAUUUUCAAUGAUCUAAAAGCCCAAAUUUUAGCUUCACAGUCACUUGAUCAGCAACCACGACUUGCCCAGUGUUUUGACAAAUUGAUGGCUGAUGUAACUCGUAGUUUGGAAGCUAGGAAUCGUGACAAAUUUACUCAAAAUUUAACAAUUUUCAGGCAUGAAUUUCGUGUCAAAUAGCUUGUAAAAUUCUUUGUAUGCUAGGAAAUUUUUUGAUGGGGUGUGGUUGGUAUAUAAUUAGGAAGAUUGAUUCUCUGCAAGUCAAUCAACAAACUUCAUCCAUUUUUCAUAGUGGGAAGCUUGUAUAUCCACCAGUUGAUAUAUUAAUGAUUUUUCCCAGUUCUUCCAUAGUAUGUGCAGCACAUGUUCUCCAUGCUUGCAUUAAUCCAUGGUGCACAUAACCAUGCCUAAUUGGGCAGUGAAUGAGGACACGAGGAAUGUCAGAGCGCAUUAUUUGUAUUCCAAUUUUUGUGAGUUGCUAUUCAUAUGUAUCAAGUGAGUUGUGGAAUAUAAUACAAAUUAUUUUAUUCUUGUA